AUGAGCACCGCCGCCGCGGGCAGAGACCACUCUCUUCCCGGCGGCCUCAAUUACAGCAGUGGCAGUCAAAAUUCAUCGCCAAAAUCUCUUUUUUUCCCCUCGCCCAAGACGACAGGCGAAACUGCUGCUUCUGCCGCCGCUACUGCGACCCGCCAACGAAACGUUCUCCUCUUCUUCAUCCCCGGAAACCCGGGACUGGUUGAGUACUAUGGCCCGUUCCUCUCGCACCUGCGCCGCCUGCUGGACGAGUCCGGGCCGGCGCAAAUCGCCGUCAACCUCUACGGGACCAGUCUCUCCGGCUUCGACGACGCGGACCACGACGCCCCGUUCCGCAUCCCGGGGAAUCCGCCCAGGGACGUCGCGGACCAGAUCCGCUUCGUGGAGAGCCGGCUUGCCGAGGUGUGUGCCGCGGCGGCGGCGGCGGAGGCGACGCCAUACGACGCCGUCAUGGUCAUGGGCCACUCGGUCGGGGCGUACAUUGCGUGCGAGGUCGUGCACCGAGGGAAGCAGCGACGGCGAGAGGAGGAGCAGCUAAAAUCAGAGCAAAACGCCAAGGGCGUAGCUUUCACCAGUCCCGACGACUUCCGCGCAGGCAUCCUCCUCUUCCCGACCAUCGCGCACAUCGCGCUCUCGCCCUCGGGGAAGCGGCUGGAUCGGAUCCGCAAGGUCGCGCCCCUGGACAGGUAUGCACACGUCGCGGCCGCGCUGCUGCUGUCGGUGCUCCCGCUCGCGCUGCUGCGCUUCGUCCUGCGUAGAUUCUGGAAGAUGCCGCCGCACGCGGUGGACACGACCACGGCGUGGCUCGGGAGCCGCGACGGCGUCUGGCAGGCGCUGCACAUGGGCAAGGACGAGAUGCGCGUCAUUGGCGAGGACCGCUGGGGGGACGAGUUUUGGGAAGAGGUCGGCGGCGAUGCUGCUGCCAAGCCGCGAGACUCGGCGGGUACCAGGUUCUUCUUGCUCUAUGGCAAGAAUGACCACUGGGUUGCUGAGGAUGUCAGGGAUGCGUUUCUGGCCAAGAGGGAGGGGGGAAGGGGGUUGCGGACCAAGGUCGUGGUUGAUGAUACGGGCGUGCUGCCGCAUGAUUUUUGCAUAAACUACAGUGAACCGGUCGCUGAGAAGGUCAAGGUUUGGCUCGAGGAGGCUCUCGAGGACUUGUAG